AUGACUUUCUACGAUGACAUUUACCCAUUCUACCCUCUACAAAGGACCUCCUUCAUCUUUAGUGGUCGUUUGCUCACCAUUAUUCUGGUUUUCCUUGUGCUCACAGUCAGUCUCCUUCUCAUUCUGCCAGGGAUACGAGGGAAAUCGAGGCUGUUCUGGAUGUUUCGAAUAAUAAUAAGCAUAUUCAUAGGUGCAGUGAUAGUGGCGCUCAAUUUUACUAACGACUGGGCCGAAGCCAGAAUGACCACUAAUGCCACCUACAAGUCCUUCAGCAAUGCAGUGGUUAAUGCUGACAUCGGCCUGCACGUUGGAUUGUAUGGCAUUAAUAUUACACUCAGAGGAAAUCCUGUAAUACAGUUCAAUGAAACCAUCGACUACAAUGAGAUGUUUAACUGGCACGAUACUAUUGAUAAGGAGUAUGUGGAAGCCUUGGAGAAGGGCUUACCGAGCCCCAUCCUGUACAUUGCUGAGAAAUUCACCCUCACCAGCACUUGUGGCCUCAUCUUUCAGUAUAGAUACUCUGGACGAUACGCCUCUGCUACUCUCUGGACUGCCUUUUGCUGCUGGAUGGUUGCCAAUAUCCUGUUCUCCAUGCCAGUCAUUCUGUAUGCUGGUUACAUGAUGAUGGCCACUGCUGCCUUUAUCUUCUUCUCCAUGGCCUCCUUCUCCACCAUCAUGAAUUUGCCCCAGUGCAUCUUCUCCAUAGGAACUGGCUCUUUUGAAACCGAGUACAGCCAUUCAUUCUGGCUGGCACUUGCUACAGGUGUGCUGUGUGCUGUCAUCGGGUUUCUGGUGGUGAUGUUUGAUUUUCUGAUUCCGGAGAAGAUGAAAGAGGCUUUCAGCGUUGGUGUCGACAGUUAUGAGGACGAGGACAUUUGUUAUGGGGAGGGUUACCUGAAUUCAAUUUUCCUUGAUGGAGUGACAACUACACCUCUGACAUCAAUAAUUAAGCCGGAAAAUAUAUGA